AUGUCGGCAGACACAGACGUCCUCAUCAUUGGCGGCGGCAUGUCGGGCAUAGGCCUGGCCGCCCAGCUGUGCCGCCACUACGCCUCGAGCGCCACGCGCUUCGAGAUCUAUGAGAAGACGGCCGACAUUGGUGGCACGUGGGCCAUCAACACGUACCCGGGCUGCGGCGUCGACGUGCCGAGCCAAUUCUACUCGUACUCGUUUGCCCUCAAUCCGAACUGGAGCCGAAAAUUCACCAUGCAGGACGAGAUCCUCGACUACUUCCACCGCGUGGCGGCGCAGUACGGCCUGCCGCGGCACACGAGGCUGCAGUGCAUGGUCGAGCGGGCGGUCUGGGACCAGCGGAGGAUGAUCUGGAUCGUCACGAUCCGGGAUCUCGCGGCCAAGAGGACGUUUCAGCGCACCUGCAGGGCGCUGGUCUCGGCGGUCGGCGCGCUGAGCGUGCCGAAGAAGUGCGAUAUCCCUGGGUAUGACGACUUUCAGGGCAGGCUCUUUCACUCGGCGCGGUGGGACCACGAGUUUGACCACGCUGGGAAGGAUAUCUUGGUUCUCGGCAACGGCUGCAGCGCCACGCAGUUUGUCCCCGUCGUCGCCCAGACUGCCAACCGCGUCGUCCAAGUCGCCCGCCAGCCACACUGGCUCCUGGAGCGCCCAAAUCCGACGUACUCGCGGGCUUUCCAGCUCUUCAUGCGUGUCCCGGGAGUGAUGCGACUCCUGCGGGCUAAGAUAUAUGCCGAGCUCGAGGCCGAGUGGACCAUGUUUGAGACGGACACGGGCAUCGAGGCGCGGAAGAAGCUAGGCGAGGCGUCGAAGAAGUACAUCCGUGAGAACGCGCCGCCCGAGUAUGUCGACGCGCUGAUUCCGAAAUUUGAAGUUGGGUGCAAGCGGCGGGUGUUUGACACGGGGUAUCUCGAGUGUCUGCAUCGCAAGAAUGUCGAGCUUGUGUCGGAUGAUGGGGUUGAGCGAAUCACCAAGACGGGCGUGGUCUUUCGGUCUGGGAGGACACUGGAUGUCGAUGCCAUUGUGCUUGCCACGGGCUUCGAGACGACAACGCUCUUGUCACCACUUGACAUCGUUGGCAAGGGCGGAGUCACCAUAACCCAGCACUGGGACAAACACAACCAGGGUUUUCCGCAGGCCUACUACGGCACCUGCAUCGCCGGCUUCCCCAACUUCUUCGUCAUGAUGGGACCCAACACAGUCAACGGCCAUCUCUCCGUCAUCUACUCGAGCGAGUGCCAGAUCAACUUCACUCUGCGCAUGCUCGACCCCAUCUUGCGCUCUCCCGAGCACAAAGUGGCGGCCGUCGAGAUCAGGCAGGAGGCCGAGACAGCGGAGAACGCGUGGAUCCAGGACCGGGCGAGACAGCUCGUCUGGUCCACGGGGUGUACUAACUGGUAUGUCGAGCCCAAAACGGCCAAGAACCUGAUGGUAUACCCGCACUGGCAGUGGCACUACUGGCUGCGCAGCAUCUUUAUCCCCAGGAAGGAUGUAGUCUAUAUGUCGAGGGACGGCAAGGAGAUUCUGGGCGCCGUGACAGUGUGGUGGAUGAUUAUGUCUGCAGUCAUGUACUUUGUCAGGCCGCUUCUUGCUGUGUAGACCUUCAGACUAAGUAGACAGCAUCGUUGAGAGCUUAUUUGCACAUUAUCCUCCCACUCAAGAGUAGCCUCAUGACAUGCCGG